AUUUUUCCAACCCCGACACACCACAACAACAACGACGAUUAUGGCGCCGCAGGUGAUUGACAUUCGCGCCAAGCAAGCCGCGAGCGCGCCAGACCUCUGCCACGUCAUUGCCGACGGACUCGCCGAGAAGGUGAGCCAUGGCGACGAGAAGCCCGUGCGCCACGUGCCGUCCCUCGUGCUCUACGACGCGCACGGCCUCGAGAUUUACGACCAAAUCACGUACCUCGACGACUACUACCUCACGAACGCCGAGAUCGACAUCCUCGCUUCGUCCGCGGAUGCGAUGCUCGCCCACGUCCAGGACGGCGACAUCCUCAUCGAGCUCGGCGUCGGCUCCAUGCGCAAGACGUCGCACGUGCUCGACGCGAUAGUCCGCGCCGGGAAGCGCGACACGACCUACUACGCCGUCGACGUGAGCGAAGAGUCGCUGACGGAGGCGCUGGCGCCACUCGUGUCCCAGUACCCGACGAUCUCGUUUGUCGGACUCUUUGGCACGUACGACGACUCGCUCGCGUGGCUCCGGGACCACGCGCCGCACAGCGCGGCCAAGACCUUUCUCUGGCUCGGCUCGACGAUCGGCAACGUUGUGCGCACGGAGGCCGCGGCGUUCCUGCGGUCGAUCCAAGAAACGGCGAUGGCGACCGGCGACCACUUUAUUGUCGGCAUUGACCGCCGAAAGGAGGGCAGUACGGUCCAGGCCGCGUACAACGACCCGAGCGGCCUCCACCGCGAGUUUGUUCUCAACAGCUUGUCGCACAUGAACCACCUCUUCAACGCGCCCGUCUUUGACCGCUCCAAGUUUGAGCACAAGUCGAUUUACAACGACGUCGAGGGCCGGCACGAAGCUCACUUGCAGUCGCUUGUGGCGCAGACGAUUCACGUCCUCGGGAAGACCAUUGCGCUCGAGAAGGACGAGCUCAUCCACGUCGCGUACUCGCACAAGUACUCGGAGGACGAAAUGAAGCGCCUCGUGCAGAGCGCGGGCUUGCACUGGAACGACAAGUUUGCCGACUCGCAGCACCGGUACGACGUGCACCUCUUCAGCAAGGCGUAACCCGCUCUCGUUCAUUUCACAACAUAACCUACUAUAAACAAAUUAGCUAUCCA